AUGACGCAGUCGCAACCGCAUGAUAGUGACUCGACACAGUCCAAACCACAAGCUAAAGCUCUGGCGCAGUCAAAAUCGGAAACUGCUUCCCCGGCACAUUCGAAACCACAAGCUAGUGCUUCAACGCAGUCAAAACUGGAUACUAGUUCCCCAGCACAUUCGAAACCAAAGGAUAGUGCUCCGGCGCAGUCAAAAUUGGAUACUGGUUCCCCAGCGCAUUUGAAACCACAGACUACUGCUCCGGCGCAGUCAAAGCUAGAUACUAGUUCCCCAGCACAUUCGAAACCACAGGCUGCUCCAGCACAGUUAAAACCGGAUACUAGUUCCCCAGCGCAUUCGAAACUACAGGGUCCUCUGGCGCAGUCAAAGCCGGAUCCUAGUUCCUCGGCGCAUUUGAAACCGCAGGCUAGCGAUUCGGCGCAGUCAAAACCCGAGAGUAGUUCCCCGGCGCAUUCGAAGCCGCAGACUAGUGAUCCACCGCAGUCACAACCUCAAACUAGCGCACUGGCGCAGGCUAAACCGAAAACUAGUGCCACAGAGCAGGCACAACCACAUGACAGUGCCUCAGCGCAGACGCAAAUGCAGACUGGAACCCCAGUGAAGUCGCAACCUAAGGAUAGUUCUGUGGCUGAGUCACAACAGAGGCUAGUACUUUCGCGCAGUCGCAACCGCACACCAGUACUGCAAGUACAUCGUCCACGGUGGUGA